CAAGUCAUAGUUUGGUCAGGAUGUUAUAUACAACCCCUCCAAAUACCUGACGUGCCUAUCGUCUAACUUACCUUUAACAAUUUCUUUACUGAUUGGUUUGUUUUAUGCGCACAUUGUUACCAAUCACGACGACACCACCGUGAAAGGCAUGAACACGGUCAAAACUCUACCGGACACACCGUCGAAAAUUUACAUUCACUUCAGAGACGUGGUCUACAGGUUGCGCGGAUCAACAGGGUAAAGAAACGUCCAAGAACAACCCAUAAUAUCUCGAUCCAAGCUACGGCUUAUCGGAGGACGAUGUAUGCCAUAUGGAAGAAGCAAGAAGUAACUUCCAUAUACCAUUGGAAAAAGUACAAAUUACCCUCUAAAACUAUCGCAGUCGUCCGAAUUACCCCCUGAACCAUAAAACCGGACAUUCUUCACCCCCAACUAUGCAAACCGGACGAAUUACCCCCCUCGACCUAAUCCGCGGUGGUUUUGGUCUACGUGACGUACACGUGGCAUCCCAAUUAGCGUUUUUUAAUAAAAAAAAAUAGUGGGACCCGCUUGUCAUACUCUCCCACCUCUCUCUUCUCCACUUUUCUCUCAAUCUCUCUCUCUCUUCCCCCUCUUCCUCUCAAUCUCUCUCUGUCUGCCCUCUGCAGGCGUGCACGAGGGCGAGCGGCAAACGGCGGCGUCGCGGCUACGGCUGAGCGGAGGCUACUACGGCGGCAGCUGCGGGCGCGGCGCACGGGGCGGGCGGCGGACACCGGCGUCGCGGCGAUGGCCGAGCGGAGGCGUCGCGGCGACUCUUGGGCACAAUGGCACACGGCGGCAUGGGGACGGACGGUGGACGGCGGCGCGCGGGGGUGCGCUGGCGGGCGGAGGCGUCGUCGAGGUGGGGGCUUGGCGGAGAGACGGGAAGCACGAUUUUUCCCCUACCGGACGCUCGACGAACAACGGCGACGAGGUAGUCGAGCAGGGCAGCAGCAGCCACACCGGCACGCGCAGCCCGCUGAACCGCUCCUGGCAGAGCAGCAAGCAGAGGACGGCACAGCCGGAGCACAGCGUCCGGUCCGCGCCCGCAGCCGCCGCCGCAGUCGAUGCCGUGGUGAACUCGAGCGCCGCCGUAUUCCGCUACGCGACCCACGUCUCGCCGUCGGAGUUGAAGAUGCCGUCGCCGAGCAGGUCACGGAAGACGGUGUGCCAGAAGGGGGGUGGCCGCCGCCGCUCGCCGUCAACCGAAGCAACCCAGCCGCGCCCGCCGUCAACCUAAGCAACCCUGGGGAAGUGAGGAAGAGGGGUGGCCGCAGCCGCUCGCCUGCGCCGCCCUGCCCCGCCGCUUGCCUCCCCGCGUUCCCUGCCUCCGCCGUCGCCUCGCCUUGCCUCGCCGCCUCCGCUCUCCUCCCCGCGCUCGCUGCCUCCGCCGCCGCACUCGCUACCUCCGCCGUUGCCGGGAGGAGAGAGUGUGUGUGAGAGAUAGAAGAGAUAGAAGAGAGAGAGAGUAUGACAUCUGGUCCCACAUUUUUUAAUAAACAGAACGCUGACUGGACUGCCACGUGUAUGCCACGUAAUUUAAAACCACCGCGGAUUGGAUCGAGGGGGGUAAUUCGUCCGGUUUGCAUAGUUGGGGAUGAAGAAUAUCCGGUUUUAUAGUUUAGGGAGUAAUUCGGACGACCACGAUAGUUCGGGAGGCUAAUUCGUACUUUUUCCUUAUACUAUUCGAUUUGACACCAUCAAAUUCCAGGUGCGCGAUGCCAUAUGGAACAUGCCAAUCCCGCCCAACACCCUGCUGCGCGGUUGCCGGCCGGAGGACGACGCCCUUCUCUGUGAUCCGGCAGUUCGGCUACCUCCAACUAGCGAAAGCGCGGUGACGCGUCGAGGAACACGACACGGGCGGGGGCUAGCUGCUGCUACCUGCGCGCGAAGCUCCGAAGACGCAGCCAUGCUGAUCACUCCACUUAAAAAAAUGCCGUAGCCGACGACCCGACGUGCUGAUCAGGAAAGGUUUCGCGCAAGUUCAGAGAACCAAGGUGGUGGCGAUAUGCAGAUCGGGUCAAUUCAUACAAUUCGCUUCACGUGCGCGUUCCUUUCAUCAAUCCGCGAUUACCUUUUGCCUCAUCUUUCCAUCACCCGGUGGCAGCCGACUAGCAGAAACCUUUUGGGUGGGUUUGGUCUGGGGUGUGUUGGGUACUUGAGUUACUGCAGCUCGCACGGCUUAGUACGAGCACUUUGCGUGCGCCUAAACCAUGUUUUAUUGUAUUUGACCUGACAUUCCUGGUCAAUUUAAACAGGCCAGCAGCA